GCCCGCUCUUGUCGCUCUUUUUUCUUGUACGUGUCCUCUCGUGUGUCCUCGGCCAUAUGAACCAACUACUCUCAUAAUAAUUCACUGUCGAGGAAACCGUCAUCAUGGCUGUUGGGCUCGGCGAGAGGAUAAGUGGUUGCCAACGUUGCCAAGAGAUCGAGGAUGAAGAAUCCAAGAAGAAGAACAGCGAAGGUUUGGGGAGAAUCUAUACCAAUGGAGUUCAAAAUACUAGCUUAAUUGUACCAUCCAUGAUGGCUACUUCGGCUCCGUCACCGAUACUCGAAGUUCCUCCGCACACGACGCCUCAAUUGCACCACAAUCUCCAGCACGAUAGCUCAGUACUUGCCCUCGCUGUUGGAAAUGACAGCAUAUACACAGGAACACAGAAUGGGGAGAUUGUUCGAUGGCGUCUAGGCACUUUUGAGAAAAUCAGUCACAUCCAAGCUCAUAAGCGCAGUGUCAUGUGCCUUUGCCUGUCCGACGAUGGAUCUCUCCUCUUUUCCAGUGCCAGCGACCCGAUCGUAAAUGUCUGGUGCCCGCAAUCUAUGAAUCGAUUGUAUGAAAUAUACAGCACCAACGAUUCUUUUGGCGAUAUCUUUUCCGUUUCCUACUCGUCCCAACACGAAACUGUUUACUAUGGCGCCCAAAAUACAUCGAUUCAAUGGAUUAGUCUGAAGGAACCCAACAGGCGCGUUGGCCACGAUUCGCAAAGUCACCCCGAUCGACGAAACCAUCGAUUUUUCGACUCAAGAGCCGUUGGUGGAACAAGUACGCCGAGACCUACCGACGAACGAUACGAACUAAUACCGCGACCUCGCGCUACACUCGAAACCGACAAGCGGGCAAACAAAAUGUUUGCGCACUUUGGCUAUGUGUACUGCAUGCUCGUAGCAAAGGGAAGCACCGCUUAUACAGAGGCGGAUGAGGAUGUCCUAGUUUCGGGUGGCGGAGACGGUACCAUUAAGGUCUGGAAACUCGGCGGAAAGGAAAUCGGCCCUGAUGGAUAUGAGAAUGGCAUUGAGGAGAUUAUGACACUCGGAGAGCAAGAUGCCAUGUCUGUCAUGUCUCUCGCCGUUGAUGGGUCGUUUCUGUACAGUGGAAAGCUCAACGGCGUUAUCGAGCUAUGGGACCUUGAUACUAAACAGAAGUUAAGAGUCAUCAAAGCUCACAAAGGUGAUGUCAUGGCUAUACAGAUGGGAUGGGGAUAUCUGUGGAGCGCAAGUCGCGCUGGGACUGCUUGCAAGCACAACACGGUCCACUAUGGAGAGUAUCAGCGAGAUUCCUCACAAAAUGUCAACCAAAAGUACCAAUGCCUAACACAGUGGAAGGCUCAUGAUGGGAAAGUUCUAUCAUCGGCCGUAACAACACAUAAUGGAAAUCAGCUAUACAUAACAGGCGCCAAUGACAACAAUGUCGCUAUCUGGAUGCUUAAGAGCGAAGGGUCGGCCGAGCAACCGUCGCGCGAAGAACACGAAGAUAUGAUGUUGACCUCUCUACGGGAAUUUGUUUCUUUCAGGACAGUGUCAUCUCGACCAGAAUAUGCGGAAGAUUGUCGCCGAGGUGCUAGCUUUCUUCGUACCUUGUUCAAGAAACUCGGCGGUGAUGUGGAGAUGCUGAGUGGCGAAGAGGAUACACUCCACCAUCCUGUGGUCCUUGCCAAAUUCAGCGGCAAGCUUGAGCCAGCUGAGAAGCGAAAGAGAGUCCUCUUUUAUGGCCAUUACGAUGUGGUACCAGCAGAAACCAAAAAUGGAAAAUGGUCACACGACCCAUUCCAACUAAUCGGGACCAACGGAUAUCUAUAUGGUCGUGGAGUAAGCGAUAAUAAAGGUCCUAUCAUGGCUGCACUCUAUGCUGUCACGGAUCUUAUACAGGCCAAGUCAUUGGAUUCAGAUGUGGUUUUUCUAAUUGAAGGGCAAGAGGAAUCCGGAUCUCGCGGUUUUAAGGAAACCGUCCGCAAGCACAAAGAGCACAUUGGCAACAUCGAUUAUAUUUUGCUCGCAAACAGUUAUUGGCUGAACGACGAUACGCCAUGUUUAACCUAUGGGUUGAGAGGUGUUAUGCAUGCAACAGUCUGUGUCGAGUCUAGUAACCCUGACCUGCACUCCGGUGUCGAUGGUUCUUACAUGGUCAAUGAACCACUAUCCGAUCUUAUGUCAUUGCUCUCGAAACUCAAGGGACCACGGAAUCGCAUUAUGAUUCCCGGGUUUUAUAACGGCAUUCUUCCCCUCACGGCGGAAGAGGAAGCUAGAUACGAUGAUAUACUGUCGGUUCUCAUGGAGCAAGGCCAAAGUAAUGUGUCGGCGACCACCCUCAAAGCCAAUCUCAUGGCGCGUUGGCGAGAGCCAAAUCUCACCCAUCAUAAAGUUAAGGUCUCAGGUCCAGAUGGUAGUUUGAUUAGCAGCCAUGCAAACGCCAAGAUCAGCGUACGAUUGGUCCCUGGGCAAGAGGUAGAGGAAGUCACCCAAUCCUUGACCUCAUUUUUGGAGAAGGAAUUCAGAAAUUUGGAAUCCGAUAACAAAUUGAGCAUUCAAAUCGACAAUCAAGCAGAGCCCUGGCUUGGCGACCCCAGCAACGAAAUUUUUCGAACUCUUGAAGAAGCUCUCGUAGAGGCAUGGGCACCUCUAUUUUCUGACCAUGCCGUUGGUAGCACCUCAAAUGGAGUUAAUGGGACAAAUGGAAUCGGCACUAAUGGAGGUUAUACUAAUGCCGGAUCCAAGGUCCGCAAGCCCCUCUACAUCAGAGAAGGUGGCUCGAUUCCAGCGAUAAGAUUCUUAGAGAAAGAAUUCAACGCGCCGGCUGCACAUCUACCGUGCGGACAAUCCUCCGACUCGGCGCAUUUAGAUAAUGAACGGCUAAGAGUUGUGAAUCUGCUGAAGAGCCGGGAGAUAUUCAGCUACGUCUUCAAGAAGCUUUAGAAAGAUUGUGUUAGAUGAGGCAUCUAUUUCCGCGCGUUUGCGGAUCAGGUUGGGAAAAUGCGCAUUAGAUGUCCAUUAAGGGCGUAUGAAAAAUAGACUUGAAAAUAGAUUCCAACGAGGGAGCAUGGAGUUUGCGGUUCAUAGAUGAAUUGAUACCCUUUUCGCCAUUUUAUUUGCUGCAGAUUAUGACCUUGGAAGUUACUUGUUCGC